AUGUACAAAGUGUAUUUGCUUCUGAUAGCACUAUCAAUCGCCAUCUUGGCGACGGACGUCAGUGCCGCCGAGUCCUGCCAGAUGGCGUUGAACUCACCGCUGGACCCCUGCCAAGCAGCCUGCGAAUUGGAACGAUCCCACGUGAUCAAAGAUGGCGUCUUCGACGUGGAUCGACUGUUCGAUCUGGUGGAAGACAUCUAUGGUGACAAGAUCUUCCUCGAUCACCGUCUCGAUAAAUAUUGUGACAAACGUUCACCUUCGAAUCGAUUUCUUCGCAGGCGGGACACAGACGACGACAUAAUAUCGAAGAAGUCGUUGCAAGCGGUCAAGCAGAUCGUAAACUUCCUCAAACAACACGCCAGAGAGGAAGGUCUGUUUCGACGAGCCGGACGCCGUGAUAUCCGUACGAGAAUUCUAAAUUCCCUAAAGAAGGGGGAGAAACCUCAUUUGGGCAAUGACAACGCGGCCCUCGAGUGCGCUGCAGCGUUGCAGCUCUUCCUGGGCCAUUUGAAGAAACCAGUGAUGCCUCAGCACGUGCAGGAACUCCUUUUGGCUGACAAUCCAGGGGUGACCGCCCACGUGAUCGCAAGGGACGCGCUGGGAUUGAUACGACAGGACGUCGGUGGACGUCACGGGGAGCUGUUGGCAGAGCUUCUUGAUUUACUGAGACACUUGACACUUUCCGGGCCGCCGUCCGAGAGAUCGGAACUACGCGGCUCGCCACUUCCGAUAGCGCUGCUCCCGGUAUUUUUCACGUUAACGCCAGCUGACCUGGUGAAAUGGAAGCAAGUGGCCACCAGAUUCAAUGAAUUAAUUACGGAAGCGCCUGAACAACUGCAGCCGAAUGAAAAUCGAUCGUGUAACAUCGAAUCGACGACGGAUGCUGCCACCGAUAAUACGGCGGCGAGAUUAAGAAACGGAAACGACAGCCUAGUGGUUUGA